GUCUCUCUCUCCGUGGCUCUAGGCGGGACAAAUGGUCAAAGUUGGUAGUAUAAACUUACAUCUGUCUCACUGGAAUACACGAACGACCCACUGGCCGAUGGACAGAUCAGAGGAAUGAAUGCCAUUAGGUUUUAGGAAUAUAUUGACACGAAUGACUGUGCAAUGAUACAUUGCAACUUUAGGGUGACCAGAAGUGUAACUUGAGCUACUUGUGGAUACCAUCAGAUGAUGGUUAACGUUUCCACUUGAAUUACUGGAGAUGUAUGCUUUACUACUAUGUUUUGACUUCUAACUAAGUUAAUUUCGACUCACUGAAUGUCGUUUAUGUUCCGAUUUGUAUUUGUCGGUACCCCUAAAUAAGUCUUUUGGAGCUAAAUAUUGGAGAUUCCGUGGUCUGUUUAGGCCUGUCCAUGUCAUGCCUGAAUGUUAAAUCAGAGUUGGAGAGAAGUUGAAGAGCUUUUGACCCAAAGAGGUGGAAAAUGACUAGUGCUUUGCAAGAUAUCCAAAAUCUGAGCCAGAAACCACACACUCGUGUGCAACCAGCACAAGAUCAUAAGGGGGAUGUGUUUGCGGAGCCAAACUUGUUGACUAAAACACCGGGGAAGGUCUCCUCAUAUUCUGAGUGCCAGCAGAACAUGGGACCCCUGACAACCCCCACUAAGGGCAAAGGAUCCCUCAGUGAGCCCUGGACUCCUACCUCAAACCUGAAGAUGCUCAUAAGUGCAGCGAGCCCAGAAAUCCGCAACCGUGAAAGAGAGCUCUGCAAGGAGGAGACUGAAGGAGCAGACACGGAAAAUGGUGAAACUGAAAGGUCAACCACUGAUCAGACUGAACAGGAGCCAGAAAUAGGUGAAGAAGCUGAGAAGCUUCAGAUCAGUCGAAAAGAGAAGAGCUUGGGGCUCCUCUGUCACAAAUUCCUUGCUCGCUACCCCGACUACCCAAACCCUGCAGUCAACAAUGAUAUCUGCCUUGACGAUGUAGCUGGAGAACUGAAUGUGGAACGGCGGCGCAUCUACGACAUCAUGAAUGUUCUGGAAAGCCUUCACAUGGUGAGCCGCUUGGCAAAGAACCGGUACACGUGGCACGGGCGGUCCAACCUGCCCCAGACGCUGGCCAGUUUGCGGAGAGCCGGCAAGGAGCAACGUUACGGUCAGCAGAUGCAGCAGAUCCGCCAGUGGAGCCAGGACCAGGAGGACCGCGAGUUCGACCUGGAAGGCGAGGAGAAGGAGAACGAUGAGAAUUUCCUGCCGGAAGCGGACGUCGAGAAUGGCCAAAAGGAAAUGUGCUUUGUGGAACUCCCUGGAUUGGAGUUCAGAGGUGCCUCUGUCAACAGUCGCAAGGACAAGUCUCUGAGGGUGAUGAGUCAGAAGUUUGUCAUGUUGUUCCUCGUGUCCACUCCGCGCGUGGUCAGUUUGGAGGUGGCUGCCAAAAUUCUUAUCGGGGAGGACCCGGUUGAGGACAUCAACAAAUGCAAGUUUAAGACCAAGAUCCGGAGGCUAUAUGACAUUGCCAACGUUCUGAGCAGCCUGGAGCUGAUCAAGAAGGUCCACGUGACAGAGGAGAGGGGGAGGAAGCCUGCUUUCAAAUGGACUGGGCCUGAGGACUUACCAUCUCCAAAGGAAGUGCCUAGAACCACGUCAUCCACCACUGCAACAGCCAAAGCGCUUGAGUCUCGGUCAUCCGUUGAGAACUGUGCCAAAAACCUCUUCUCGUCCCCUGGUGGGAAGAGAGGGUUCACCCGGCACCCCUCCCUGAUGAAAAUGGUGAAGAGCAUCCAGGAUGACCGCCGCAAGAUCAACUCUGCGCCUUCCAGCCCCACCAGGGUCACCUCAAGUGAGUCAUCAAGCUCCGAGUUCCUCCCGAGUAAGAUGGCCCAGCUAGCUGCUAUCUGCAAAAUCCAGUUGGACCAACAAUCAAAGAAACCUAACAAGGAAUCGAAACGAUCUUCCAAAGAGGACUUCAGCAGUAAAAAAUCAGAAGAAGCCAAAUCUGCUGAAGAGAAGGCAUCAACACCCGUGUCCUCCGUGAAGGACGGCCGCGGGGUGUCCCUGCCUCUUCUCACCCAGGCGGCGCUGUCCCAUCUCCCGGCCGCGUGCUCGCCCCUCAUCCCCGUCCUACUACCUCAGCACCAGACGGGAGGCCCCAUCGCCGUCUACAUGCACCCAGCCUCCCUCCGGCCGCACGCCUCCAACAGGCCGGCGCCGACCAGCCUGGCCGUGCGCUCCAUGACCUUCGAGAGUCCCGGGGACGGCGCCAGCCGAUCGCCGCUGACCGUCGCUUCGGGCGGUGAGGGGGUCUGUGUGUCCAGCGGUGAAUCGGGCAGUCCCUCUGCACUGAAGCGAAAAAGUGGGGACAAGUCAUCUUCGGAAAACAGUCCGUCAAAGGUCAAGAAAGCCAACGGUACAUCAGAGGACGUGUCCCCUAAGCUGUGCGAGAUCCUCCAGGCCAGGCUGAAGGCCCGCCGUGGGGGUCUGGUGGUGUCCAGCCGACCCUCCCCCAGAGCACUGCACCUGGACCCAGAGUUCACCAAGCCCCAGGAGAACCAGAGUCCAGUCUCGUCGAGUGCCCAGCCCCUGGAGCACAGCCUGGAGACCUUCCUGGAGAAGGAGGAGAAGGCGGCAGCCUCGGACAGCGAGGCCGGUCUCACCCCACUUCACCCCACUCAGGUCCAGAGUCAGAACCACGGCGUCCCCCUGCAGGAGCUGGUGGUACAGGCCGGACACUUGCACCCCGAGACUCUGAUACCCACAGGCUACCUGAUUCCUAUUACACCUCAGUCCUUCUUCAGCUACAAGGACCCAAAUGGACUCAACGGAGAGACGGGCAAAGUGUCCACACCUACAAAUAUCUACAAAACCCCCACAGCAGGUUCCAGACCCCUGCAGCCUCAGGAGUUCACCCCCACCGGCCUGUCUCUCCACAUGGCCCCCUCGGUUUCGCCCUUCCCCGCCCACAUGCAGCGCACCCACAGCCCCAGCCCGGCCAUCCUCAACUUCACCCUGCAGAACAUCGGGCUCAUCCCCGCGGCUGGCAGCAUCGCAGGCGGCACCUCCAUGCCCAGCCCCGCGUCCACCGGCGAGCAAGCCAGCCCCCUGACCGCGGCCCACAUUGGGCUCCCUCAUCGGGGGAUGAUCUUCGUCAAGCCCAUGUCCCCUGCUGGAGUGCUCCAGUCUGCACCGUCCAACCAGCAACUGACUCUCAUUAGCUUACCACAGUCCCUCAUGGCCACACCAAAAGGCUCCCCGUCCGUCCAGCACAGUCUCUUCCACACGCCCGUGUCCUCGCUGUCCACCCUAACCACCAUGACCGCUGGAGUGCCCACCAAAACCCUCUACAUCCCCCAGAGGAAACUGGACGUGAGUCCUGAAGAUGCCUGAAAGACAUGACCCUCAUGGCCAGGGUCAGACGUCUCUCUGCUGCUAAACACCCUUGCACCCCUGAGCCAGCCUGCGUGCGUGUAUGUGUGUGUUUGAGUGUGUGGAUACAGGAUGUUUGGUCGUGGUUUUGUACUGUGGCAUUGACUAUUCUUGAAAGUGGUGCUUUUAGAUAUGCAUUAAUUCCAUACUUUGGGUGUCAAGGUGCUUUCAUCGUGUACUAGUGCUCAGGGUAUGUAGCUGCGCUGAAGCUACGAAGCGUUUGGACGUGGUGCUAUUCAUGGUAUUCGCAUGCGUGCCUCUCUUGCCCUGGGGGAGAGGGGAGAAACCGUUUCAGGUUGAACCCGAAAACACAAGCCUUCUUUCAACCAAUUACAGUCAGCUGGAGAGUUGACACGAGGACAGUUUUAUUCCGAAGUGUUUGUUUGAAACAUUUUACUUUGUGUAAAAUGCAGGUGUUAUAAUGUGGUAUAACUUGAAUUUAAUUGGUCAAAGGGUUUUGUAUAAAGAGGAAUCUUAAGGUCAUGAAAUGACAGCUGUAUCUGAUGAAUAUAAACGUGUUGAAGUUGAUGUCCAGAAGGGAAGGAAACCUUACUGUCUGAAAGUGCCAUAGACCCGUAGUGAACCAAAAAAUUGGUCUGGGGUUGUUUCUGUUUCAAGAAAAGGACCAUCUGACUGAAAAAAAGUACAAUUAAAGUAUUGUAGAUAAUACUGUAAUGUAUGUAUUAAUAAACCAUAGGAUACUACAACUUUGCACACUGUAUAUUUUGACUUUUACCCCUUAAAAAUUGUGAUAGAAUUGCAAGUUAAUGUCAAAAAUGACCCUUGUUUUAGAUUAAAUCAGGCAACUCUAAUAGUAAUAUAGUAAAACGUCUUUUCAUUCAGAAAUGUAAUAAAUAUACUUAUUUUGAAAAUGA